UUAUCACGGCCCUCUUUUCCGACUUUUCAUUUCUUUGAUUCCUUAGAUUCCUUAUGAUACCGUCGCCUUGAAGCUCUUACGGGAUUCGCACUUUCAGCCAUACCAGGAGACUAGGCAGGUUAGCAGUUCUCCACAACUCGGUAUUUUAUCGCGCCCGUGGACCCGUUCAAUUUUACCGUACGAUAACUUACCAUUCUACCAACUUAGCAUUCUGCUCGUGGGCCGCUUGCAUUGUACAUAUCACCUCAAUAUCUUACACGACACGAUCUUGGACAUUCCUUGUUUCAGCCUACGAGUUCCUGCGAAAAGGGCUCUAGGACUCAAAACACGAAAGACCGGGAACCCGGGGACCUGGAGGCCCAGCAGCAAAGUCCUCCGCCUCCGACCAAACGCCAUUUAGAAGAUAGCAAUGCUGCUCUUCUCCUCUCAUCCGACCAGCACCUUCCAUGCAGUCUUCCUCACAGCCAUCCUCUAUGCCGCGUUGCUUUCGAGCAACGCGCGCGCCGUUGCUGUCGCGAGCACCGUCACCCUGACCGCCUCGACGGUGACAGCCACCGUGAAACCGACGCUCAGCGCGUCGGACGCGCACACGUACAAUUCCGACUCGGACUUUAAAAACACCAUGCUCGACUCGCAGAAUUCGUAUCGCUCCGAACAUAGCGCGUCGGCGCUGUCAUGGAAUAACACCCUGGCCCAGACGGCGCAGAAAUGGGCCAAUAAGUGUCUCUGGAAACACAGUGGCUACGGCGACGGCGAGAACCUCGCCGAAGGAUUCGCCAACACGACACUGGCCGUGCAGGCGUGGGCCGAUGAGCGCAGCGACUACAACUACAACAAGCCCGGGUUCUCCGAGAAGACGGGCCAUUUCACGCAAUUAGUCUGGGCGGCAACGAAGUCUGUCGGGUGCGGACGCAAGUCCUGUUCGAGCGGUUCCAAGUCCGACGGUGCCAAUGGAUGGAUCAUCGUAUGCGAAUACUGGCCCCCCGGCAACGUCGCAGGGGAAUACCAGCAAAACGUACACAAACAAUCCAGCAGCAGCAGUAAUAGCAACAGUAAUAGCCAGCAUGUACAAGGCGGCGAAAGCGGCGCCGGCAGCAGAGGCGUAUCCUGGGCCGGCCUAGUCGUCGGCCUUGCGGCAAUGAUGUUGAUGAAUCAAUGACCUGCAUACUUGCGUACUUGCAUACUUGCAUACUUGUAUACUUGUUUGGCUUUACGCUUUCCACUUCAUGCUUCAGAGUACUCUGUACUGGAGUCCAAGGAAAAAAAAAGAAACGAAAAAAAAGGGGAAGGUGGGAUGGUUCGUUACGUUCUGGAAUGAUACGCAAUACCCAAUACACAAUACCCAAUACCCAGUAUUCACGAAACGUACCUAUACAUUUCAUUACUUCAUUUUCAUAUUUCAUAGUUCAUACCUUAUACGAAGGUAUUCGUAUAUAGACUACAUGUAAGACGACUAUAUAGUAUACAAACAUAGUAUCCCA